AUGGCUCCCAAAGGCGGCUCCAAGCAGCAGUCCAAGGAGGACCUGCUCCUGCAGGAUUUCAGCCACAGCCUCUUGGCCAAGUCCUUGGUGCUCUUCUUCGUGAACGCCUUCAUCGUGCCCGCCAUCCCCGUCUGGCUAUACUGGCGAAUAUGGCAUAUGAAUCUUAUUCAGUCUGCUGUUCUGUAUAGUGUGAUGACCCCAGUAAGCACUUAUUUGGUAGCCUUUGCAUACAAAAAUGUGAAAUUUGUUCUCAAGCACAAAGUAGCACAGAAGAGGGAGGAUGCUGUUUCCGAAGAAGUGACUCGAAAACUUUCUGAAGCUGGUGAUAGAAAGAUGUCUCGGAAGGAAAAAGAUGAAAGAAUCUUGUGGAAGAAGAAUGAAGUUGCUGAUUAUGAAGCUACAACAUUUUCCAUCUUCUAUAAUAAUAACACCCUAUUUCUGGUCUUGGUCAUUGUCGCUUCCUUCUUUAUACUGAAGAACUUCAACCCCACAGUGAACUACAUUUUGUCUGUAAGUGCUUCCUCGGGCCUCAUCGCCCUCCUGUCUUCUGGCUCCAAGUAGAGCACGUCAGCUU